AUGUUUUGCAACACUUCAUUGAUACCACUCUUAGCCUCGCUUUUCAUUUUGGUGUUUGCCGAAUCAGAUGUCGUUGUGUUGGAUGCUGCUUUCGAUGCAUUUGUGCAGCAAGUGUGCGACGAAUUGCACGUACCUGGACUCAGUUUAGCUGUGGUCCACAACGAUUCCUUCGAGUCGAAGGUACAUUGUCUCGCAAACAUUCAACCAGAUAUCCUUGGACUGACCACGACCAAAGCGUUUACCGCGGCUGCGGCUGCGCUGAUUGUCCAAGACUCGGUAGAUCACCCCGACGUCAGUUGGUCCAGCCCACUCUCUAAGCUUCUGCCUGGCUAUUUUGCUCUUGAGGAUGAUUACUAUACAUCCCACAUAACCCUCGAGGACGCUCUAUCUCACCGCUCCGGACUACCUAGGCAUGAUCUAGCCUAUGGUUGGGCCGAUCGUCGUGGCCGCGACGCUGAUACCAUUGACGUUAUGCUCACAAUGAAACACCUUCCUUUGACCGCAGAACCAAGAACCAAGUGGCAGUACUGCAACAUUAUGUAUGCGACGGUGGGGCAAGCGCUGGCCAUGUUAGGUGGUCUUCAUUUCGGUGAUAUCUUACGGACGCUCAUCUGGGAACCGAUCGGCAUGACCUCAACUACCACCUCAAUGGAGAAAGCUGAAGGUGCCAGAGACCACCGCGGACAGAAGAAACUGUCUAGAGGCUAUUAUUGGAACAAAGACCAUUACAUACCGGAGCCAUAUGUAGAACUUGAUUCCCUCGCAGGUGCCGGUGCUACUAUCUCCUCAGUCAACGAUUAUGCUCUGUGGGUACAGGCUUUGCUCAACGCUGGCAGUAACGACUCUUCCCCCAUCAGUCAAGCCAUUUAUGGAGACAUCACCAAGGCUAGAACUAUCAUGAGCGAUUUACUACCUGGCAUGCCGAAUCAAGAGAUUCCACCUCUCUACGCGCUCGGCUGGUUCAAUGUCAUGAUAGGCUCGCACAAGGUCAUCACGCACGGAGGUGACGUUCUUGGUUUUGGCGCACAAGUCUAUUUUCUGCCCGAAGAAGGGCUGGGCUUUGUGUCCAUGGCGAACACAGCAGGAACUAGUAAUCAGGCGGGUGCGUGGCUAUUCCUUGAGAUUCUCAAGAAGUUGGGCAAGAUAUCUCCGAGAAAGGAUGCCUUCCAUCUGGAGUCACUGCACGAACAUAUCGGGAGUUAUCCAAGAAAGCCUCAGAAGUCGUUUCCAAAGCUUAAAAACGAGCAUAUCUCAUCAGGUACAGAGUUACCCCUUCCUGGACGUCUGGUUGACUACACUGGCUUGUACCGUCAUGCUGGCUAUGGAGACUUCAAUGUGUCUUUGGUCGAAGAGAAGUUCGAUCACUAUGGAGGGUAUGCUGCAGAUCUGCAAGAGGCGAUUCCGUCCACCUCGGCCGANUUUCUUUUACACGUUCGACCUUCGAACAGAACUUGGCCUUACGAAGUCGGCCUCAAGCAUGAGAGCAACACGCUGUUCAACGCUAAGAUCUAUUGGAUCCAUGGUCGAGGUGACGUUGGUGAUGAAUGUGCUCAGGAGAGGACAGCACGACUGGGAAGCUAUGAGGUGAUAUGUAAGGAAGAGGUCUUCUUCGAACCUUUGUUCGAAGCCCGAGCUGUCUUCGAACAUGAUCUCAAUGGCAAGGUUAUGAAGCUGGGCAUCGAGCUUGAGCCAGAGAUGUUGAUGAAGGACGACAGAAAGUGGAGAGAUGGUAUGAUCUGGUUUGAGAAGCAGAUAUAG